AAAUCAUAAAUAGUACCUCAGUCGUUUCCAAAAUGACUUCGGGCAUACCAGUGCUCAAAAUCGUGUCCCUUGUGUUAACUGUGGGGACAAUACUCUCAGGCUUUUCAAUAAUGGGCAUUGGGAUCCAAAUACGAAAAGACAAAAGUCUGGAUUUAGAGGAAGACCAAAAAGCUGUUGCAAUUUCUCUGAUUGUCGCUGGAACAUUGACAGUUUUGAUUUCUCUUGCUGGCUGUUGCGGAAUCAUCAGUGAAAGCAAACCCCUGCUCUACAUUUAUGCCUUUUUCGCCUUCCUCCUAAGUGCAUUUAUGAUCAUCACGGGAAUCGUCGUGUUUGCAUGCAGGAAAAAGUGGGUUGACAAAGGGUACAAUUUGGCCGAAAAAGAAUUCAAGACAUAUAGUCGGGGAAAAAAUGAAAAUGGGCUGUGGAAGCUGGCAAACAAGCAAACAAAGAAGCAAAACGAUACCGUCAAGUCGGUCGACGCUAUUCAAUCGGAGUUGAAGUGCUGCCAAUGGAACGACAAGAAUAAGGAUUGGGAUGAUGACCAGUACCCCGAUUCUUGCAAAUGCUCUGGUAUCAAGGACAAAUGUCUUCAAGGGUUAUACCAGAAGAAGUGUGCUGGUGUCGUCAAAGAGCACUUUAGCGAUUUCAUCCUUUGCAUGGGAUGGCUUUGCAUUUUUAUGUCAAUAUUUCCGAUCACCAUAGGCUGCAUUUCAUGUGUCAUUGCCAAGAAGCACAACGGCUAUGAGAAUUUCAAAACGUAGAGAGCUUUGCGUCAACGGACCAGCAAAAUUUUAAAACAUUGAGAAUCAAUUUUUGUUUAAAAGAGGCGGAAAACAUAAUUAGUGCGAUGAUAAAGUCUAACCUGGACUUGAUUAGCCUAUGCAAGUUCGUCUUUCGGAUCAAUUUACGUUUAUUUAUAAACAUUUAAUCAUGAUUUUUUGCUUAUUACACAAAUUUUUAGCUUUGGAUUUAACGAUUUAUCAAUAAUCAAUAUAGUUGCAAAUUGUGUUUACCUUGCUUAUGCUAAUUUAUUUGAUGCACUGCUUUUCACUGUAUUUAAAUGAUCUCUUUGCAUAAACUUUGAAAAUAAAUUGAGAAACAUUUA